UGCAAGUCAUUUUUUCGCAAUUCCACCCCAGCUCUGUCCCUCUACACGUGUAUACCUGUUUACGUACCUACGUGGUACCUGCCGGUUACCUGCCGCGCCCCAUAUAAGCCCUAAGACGCCGCCAAGAUGUCCCUAGAGAGAGGUAGCAGCAAAGUACCUGGCUAGGUACCUAUCGCGCUAUCGCGCUGGUCCGUCCCGUAUUCGGGUUGGCUUGGGAGCAAUCGCUUCGACAAUUUCCUUCCGCAACCACCCACCGCCCAAACUUGCCUAUUAAUUCACCUACUACCGAUGGAUUCAAUCUGUCCCGUCUAAUUCUGCAAGGCUCCCCUUCUCUACACAUCCCUAACGCCCAUCCCCCGUCUCUACUGCUAAUCUUCGUCUGAUGCUGCGCCCGAAUCCUGGUCUUGGAAUACCUGCGACCUAACCUACCUGCCUGCCGACCUGCCUGCCUGCCUGCCCUGCCGGGAGACCCCGAACCAUGGAUGUCGCGUACAAGCAACACGCCAACCAGGCGCGCCGAAAGAACAGAUCCUCCACCAACCUCCAUCACCUCUCCCUCGCACCCCUCACGUCCAAGUUCCCUCUGACCGAUCCCGAGGCUCUCCCCGAUUUCGUCGCGCCCCCCAUCCGGCACAACGUCUCCUACCUGCAGGGCAAGUCCGCCCCCACGACCCCCAGGCUGCUCCAGUCUCCCUCCCGAACCCGAGGCAACUCGCCCAACCGCCGCCGCUCGUCUGUCCACGAACCCCUGGCCGCCAAGUUGCCUAAGAGCAAGUCUACCACUCACCUCGCCUCCGCCAACGCGAAGCGUGCUAGCUUGGGUGCGCUGUCUCCCCUCUCGCGAGGCCGCGGGCCGUCCGGCGCUAAGGAACGGGGACGCGGUGAUCGCGCCGACCGGAGCGACAGCGAUUGGAUGUUACGUGCCGGCGCCCUGCUCAGCUCCGAGGCGCGCGAGUCUAAGGGGCAGGCGUGGCUCGUGUCGCGGGCGAGCUCAACCAGCUUGAGCGGCACGCCCGACGUCGACGAGGACGCGUACGAACGGGAGCUGGCCAGGGAGAGGGAGCUCGCGAGCAGGCGGGACAGUCGCCGAGGCAGCACGGCCAGCGCCGACGGCGAUGUGGUCUCCCAAGGCAGCCGCUACGGCAGCCGCUCCCACAGCAGAGCCGGGACCAGGACGCGCCCGCGGACGCCCGUCGAACGCCAUGCGCACGACGGCUACUUCGGGCCCGAUCUCUUCGCGGCGGGCGACGACUCCGUGCAGGGGCCGGACUUCGUCGGCCUCGACGAGAAGCUCGAGGCCUUCAGGAUCGACGCGGACGAGUCGGACGAGGUCGCCGUUCGGAGGCUCGUCAGCCAGAAGGGUGGCGGCGUCAUGAGCUCGUGGAUGUGGUCGCUGUUCUCCGUCGAGGAGGGCGAGGACGAGGACGAGGACGACGGACCCGACGUAUCCGACGGCGAGACGGAGGAUAGCCACGUCCCGCGCAGCGCGAGUACGGCGGACCUCGAAGGCGCAGUCGGCCGCCCGGAGGCGCACAUCCCGCCCCCGAAACCCGACGAGGGUGGCUGGCAAGAUGCCGCGUGGCUCCUAACCGUGGCGUCCCGAGUGUUGUUGUAAACGAGGAACGAAAGCAGAGAAAUUCCUAAAGGCGAGAGGUGGCCCCUCUGGUUGGAUUCCAAGCUCCACGGGGGAGGGGGGGGGAACAGGUGCCUACAUAACACUGCAUUCAUCCCCCGGGGCUGCGUAAUGCCCGUUGGUCCCGUUGGUAGAAAGAUGCACGAUGCUUUUUUUCUCUCCUACUUAGCUAUCCUCUCUUCCCACGUUGGGGCGUGACACUGCAGCUGCACCGGGAAUGUCCGUUCUGUGGACUCCUCCCACCCUUUUCCCCCACUGGGACGGGCGUUGGGAAGCCCGGAAGGAGGAUCUACAUAUGGAUUGGGGGUAUUGUAUUUAGGAGGUCCGAGAAAAAAACACAAUGGAAAAAGAGAGAUCCGGUUGCUCUAAUAAUACUGACCUGUACGUCGUUAUCGGCCCUCAAAAAAUACAGAAUGACCGAUUCCGGCAUAUGUCUACCAUGUUAGUAAGAGCCCUGGCUUCAGAAUUCCAAAUGGUUAUUCCGUGGGCUGAUGGACCGAG